UCCAAUCUCCUCUCGCAAAACAAACCGUGUUCUUCCAGUAUAGAGCUGCUUUGCCACGACCAUACCGGCGAAGUUGGCUUCGCUGCGUUAGAGAAUCUCCUUCGUGAUCACACGUUCCCCCGCACCCACCGCGCUUGGAGUUUCCGCCCACUUGGGACUUGGACCGGGAGCCAUGAUGUUCUUUAAGGGGCUGUGCCUAAGCCUCAUGGUCGCCACGGCCCUGAGCGCGGGUGCCUACGGCCGAGGAGGGGGCUAUGGUGGAGGCGCUGGUGGUCACCAUGGUGGAGGCGCUGGUGGUCACCAUGGUGGCGGUGGCGCUGGAGGAUUCGGUGGACAUCAUGGCGGUGCCGGCGGAGCCGGUGGAGGUGGUGGAGCCGGCGGGGCUGGUGGUUUUGGAGGCCACCAUGGAGGUGGCGGAGCUGGUGGAGCAGGCGGCUUCGGAGGCCACCAUGGUGGAGGCGCAGGAGGCGGAGGCCUCGGCGGUGGUCUCGGUGGUGGCCUCGGCGGUGGUCACCACGGCGGAGGCGGUGGUCUCGGUGGCGGAGGAUUUGGUGGACACCAUGGAGGUGCCGGAGGUACCGGAGGAGCCGGAGGCGCUGGUGGCUACGGUGGUUCCCGCGGCGGCAGCGGCGGGGGAUAUGGCGGAGGAGCCGGUGGGGGUUACGGAGGUGGAGCUGGCGGCUACGGAGGUGGUGGUGACUACGGACAGCCAACUCCGUACAACUUCGGCUACGACGUCAAGGACGAGUACGGCAACAGCCAGAACCGCCAGGAGAGUGGAGACGGCAGCGGCACUGUCAAGGGUAGCUACGGCUACACCGACACCAACGGCAUCUACCGCCAAGUCAGUUACGUUGCCGACCAGAACGGAUUCCGCGCCGUUGUCAAAACUAACGAGCCGGGAGUGGGACCAGCCAGUCCUGCUGACGCCGAGUUCAUCGUCGAGCAACCACCCGCCGGCGUCGUAAGCCAGUACGCCGGAGCCCGCGGUGGAGGCGGCUAUGGAGGUUCAGGUGGAGCCGGUGGAUACGGUGGUGCCGGCGGAGCAGGAGGCUUCGGUGGAGGCCAUCACGGUGGUGCCGGAGGCGGCGCCGGGGGCCACCACGGAGGAGCUGGUGGAGGCGCUGGCGGGUAUGGAGGCGGUGCCGGUAAAUACGGUGGUGGCGCCGGAGGCUAUGGGGGUGGCGCCGGAGGCGCUGGAGGCUACGGUGGCGGUGCUGGUGGAUACGGAGGAGGCAGUGCUGGUAAAUACGGUGGCAGCACUGGUGGAUACGGCGGUGGAGCAGGUGGCGCCGGAGGCAGCAGCGGCCCCUGGAAGUACUAGUGCCUCUUCGUUAAUUCCCACAGCGCCGCAUAGGGAGCUUUUUGACACCCUAAAGGUUGCGACCUGUGACCCUCAACCAGAACUAGAACACCUCUGACACUAUGUUUCGUGACAUUUCCAAUAACAAAAGAGAGGUAGAGAAGUCAUUCUACUCCGGUGCCACUAACGCCAUUAUCUGUUGUUGAAGCUGAACGAGAAAAGAAGUUGUAUCUUAUGUUUUUGAAUGUCAUUGUAGAAACGCAGUUACUCGACACGCAAUGGCGAACAAGACAUCCUGACGCAUGAUUGACAUUCAUGGGAACGGUCGACGUUUUCUGAGUGCGUGGUGGGUUCCUAAAGAACAAAAGUCGUGGGGUGCUAACGCAUACUUUUGGGAACAGAAAAAAGUUUACCGUGUUGGCGCGCCGUAGAUAACGACGAGCUGUGGGGCUUUCGCUUCAGGCUUUCACCGAUUCUCGAGGACUUCGCACUUGUAUACAUAUGUAUGUAUUGCGUGUCGUGUUCGGUGCAUGUGGAGGGGCGAGCUAUCGCUUUGUUGUACUGUGAUUGCUCAUAUAACGAACAGCAACGCAUAAGAUGAUGCUUUCUACACGUCUAAGUCUUAACAGGAGCUUCCGCAAGCAUGCCCUUCGCUCGGUCGAGCUGGCUCACGAGAAGGAAAUUACGGUUUCCAUCGGGUCAGUUCUGGGCCUGCAAUGGGAAUCAGCCUGCACUGUUGUUUCUCUCUUCCGGGUAACGACAGCGAGGCACUACAGUGCCUUCAUCGUUGUUUGUGGGUGUGUCUUGGGCGAUUCUAUUCUCUUGUGUGUUUGGUAGUUUUUGGGAAGCAAGCUCUGGUUUUCCUAUCGAUCCAUCACUGUGUUUUUUGAUUGUGCAUUACUGUGGUGCGGUUGCUGCCUAUAAACGUGAGUGUUGUUUUUAGCUUUUGGCUUUUCUUCUGAACUUUAACAUUAGGGAAAAUGUACAUGUUUUGUGUUGUUUGUUUGUUCGUUUCUUUUGAUGAUCUUGCCCGUCGUUUUAGGCGCUUGCGCCAACGGGCAAGGGUGUGGCAUCUGUUGUCAGUUCAAUACUCAAUGUUCGUAUACGAGACGGGGUGGCCCACUGUGGACAGGGGAAAUGCCAAACUGUGUUCUGCGUCGGCGCAUUGUAUUUCCUCUUGUGUACAUGAGUGCGUGUUUUGUAAAUGAGAUUUGUGACUGUUUCUCACUGCGCGGUGUGGUUGGGUCAUGUAUCUGAGUGCUCUGAUGUGCCUAGAACCUUGUGCAAUAAAUCUUAUUUAUGUACAUUACUGAAGGUCAGCGUCAUGCUUUA